AUGCCGUCCGUCUCGGCCUUCCAGGCCGCCUACAUCGGCAUCGAGGUGCUCAUCGCCCUGGUGUCCGUGCCGGGGAACGUGCUGGUGAUCUGGGCCGUGCGGGUGAACCAGGCGCUGCGGGAUGCCACCUUCUACUUCAUCGCCUCGCUGGCGGUGGCUGACGUGGCCGUGGGCGCGCUGGUCAUCCCGCUGGCCAUCCUCAUCAACAUCGGGCCACAGACCUCCUUCUACACCUGCCUCAUGGUCGCCUGCCCCGUGCUCAUCCUCACGCAGAGCUCCAUCCUGGCCCUGCUGGCCAUCGCCGUGGACCGCUACCUGCGCGUCAAGAUCCCGCUGCGGUACAAGACGGUGGUGACGCCCCGGAGGGCCGCGGUGGCCAUCGCCGGCUGCUGGCUCCUCUCACUCGUGGUGGGCCUGACGCCCAUGUUCGGCUGGAACAACCUGGGCGCGGUGCAGCGGGCCUGGGCGGCCAACGGCAGCGCCGGGGAGCUGGUGAUCCAGUGCGAGUUCGAGAAGGUCAUCAGCAUGGAGUACAUGGUCUACUUCAACUUCUUCGUGUGGGUGCUGCCGCCGCUGCUGCUUAUGGCGCUCGUGUACCUGGAGGUGUUCUACCUGAUCCGCCGGCAGCUCAGCAAGAAGGUGUCGGCGUCCGCGGGCGACCCGCACAAGUACUACGGCAAGGAGCUGAAGAUCGCCAAGUCGCUGGCGCUCAUCCUGCUGCUCUUCGCGCUCAGCUGGCUGCCCCUGCACAUCCUCAACUGCAUCACCCUCUUCUGCCCGCGCUGCCACAAGCCCAGCCUGCUCACCUACAUCGCCAUCUUCCUCACACACGGCAACUCGGCCAUGAACCCCAUCGUCUACGCCUUCCGCAUCCACAAGUUCCGGGCCACCUUCCUCAAGAUCUGGAACGACCACUUCCGCUGCCGCCGGCCCGCGCCCCCCGCGGACAAGGACCCCCCGGAGGAGCGGCCGGAGGACUAG